GCCGGCAGAACGGCCGAAUCAGAGUUUCCCCACACGUACACAUACACACACACACUCACUCAUACGGGCCCACGCGCGACUGCUGAUCACUCUCCCUGGCCUCUGCCCGUCGUUCUCCUCCUCCUUCCCCAACAUCUACGCCUCACUCCUCGCUUUCCAUCUACCGACAUGACUUCUACCUCCACCGUGGCUGCCGCCAGCAAGGGUAAGAAGCGCCGUGGCAAGGGCCGCGCCAAGGCCACUGCCGCCGACACUGGAUCCUCCGUCGCCCAGCCCCCUGCUGGCGCCCCCUCUCCCGCCACCGCCGACACUCAAGUCAAUCAGGCCCCCGCUGCCGGACGCCGGGUCCGUCGGUCCAAUGCGCCGAGCUCCUUCUUGUCGGAGGCCCCGCCCAACUCCGAGACGGAGCCCGACUCGGUGGCCCUGCGCCGGAUCAUGAUGCAUCCGGAUGUCAACAUCAAGCAGCUCCCGCGCGGGCUCUUCAGUGCCAACAUCUCCGAGCAGGCCUUCUUCGGCUCGCGUUACGAUGAUGACAGUGUGCGCGCUCGUGGUCUCUUCGUGGAGCUGCUGCCGGAAGUGUGCCCGGGCCUGGCGCCGACUCCGGCUCCGGCCUCGGCUGCCAAGGCCGCGGACACCGCCACCGAGUCCGGGUCCGAGCUGGAUGGCUCUGACGAUGAGGGUCAGGAUGAGGGUGCCCCGUCUGCGGAGGUGGUUUCCACUUCGCGCCGGGCCCGCAUGACCAAGGCACAGAGCGCCCUGAAGGCGUCCUUCCGGCAGUCGAAUGUCGCGGUCGCCGUCUCUGGGCGUGGGUAUGCCAAGUUCUUCUAUGAGAAUGAGCGCGGCAUCCCCUUCAUGGCUACCGAGCAGGUUCGCCAGCGUCUGACCUUCCCGUGCACGGUGCUCGAGAAGUCCAACGGCUACUUUGGUGUGUCGUUCCCGCGUUUGCGCGCAUCCGCCACCCGGCCCCUGCCGGCGCACUUCUCCCCCGGCGACGGGGCGCGCGAGCUCCGCGAGCUGGACGACCUUGAUCGGGCCACCGCGCGCGACUUUUUCGCCGGUCGCGGCGUUGUCCCGGCCCCUGCCCAUGUGCUUGAUGAUGAGAUCUACCUGGAAACCACCAGCAAGUCCGUCAUCACCGGUCCCUUUGCUGGGCGCUUCCGCGAGCUCCUCCACCAGACCCUGCUCGCCGCGGGCAAGACGCUGGUUGACUAUGUUCGCCGCAUCCACGAGCUCGGGUGCAGCGCAGUUUUCGAGAUUGUCGAUCCGGUCCUCGAUCCGCACAUCGUCGACUACGAUGUGCCGGGCUACACCAACGUCGGGCAUGUCAUCCUCCUGGACCUGAUCCGGAACAACCUGGCCGACCGUGCCGAGCUGCGCCUGCCUUUCGAGGAGACCCGGGCCUUCGCCGUGGAGUUCGGCCUGCGGCUGAAGACCCCUCUGGCCAUUCUGCCCGACUGGGAUACCUAUGCCUCCUUCACUCGCCAGGCGAAUCAUGACUACUUCUUCCGGUGCCCGGCCCCGGGCCCCGGGGCACGCGUUGAUCCCGGCCUGCCCGGGCGCGGAGAGCAUUUGCUCUACUCGCUGGAGCCCUUCUCCAUGGGCGAUGGCUCGGCAUCCACAUAUCAUGUGGGGCUUCCGACCGAGGGCCUGGUGGUGGAGGACAGCAGCGGCUUCAUGAUCAAGCUCAAGUCCAACUACUACAAUGUUUGGAAGCGCGCGCGGUCGCUGGUGCAGCAGGGGUUCGCCCAGCCGAACCCGCCGGAGCGCAUCGCCAGCCGCUACAAGGCCACCAUGGCCAAGGAGCCGGCGCUGAUUCGGUCCUUCUUCGACUACAUCCGCGACAACCACGCGGCCAUCCUGGAAAUUGCCCGUUCGGAGCCCUACCUUUCGCUGUCCACUCGGCGUCUUCUGUCCCAAACUUCCCCCCGGCGCUCGGAUUCCAUCACCCUCCUGCAGCAGUCCCUCAGCAUUGUCGAUCUGCGGAACAUCUUUUACCGUGCCACCGGGGCCAAUGACAUGACCGACAUCAAUUCCAGCCUGACCCCCGGCGAGCAGAGCACCAUCGGCCCGCAGAUCCCCACCCCCACGGUCCUCCUGGUGAUUACCACGCCCGGGCAGAAGCUAUCGGAGCAUGUUGCCGCGGAUCUGGCCCGGAAGCUGCACCUGAACCCGGCCAAUGCGGUCGUCCUUCCCCGGACCACGGACAAGGCCCCGGGGCACAUCCUCCAGGCGGCCGAUGUCAGCAAGGUGGUCACCACCGGCACCUCGCGCCGGGCCACCGGCGGUGUCUUCACCAACCCCACGGUCCUGGCCCCGGUGGAUGCUCAGCAUUUGGCGCCCUUCCUCAAGGCCCUCAUGGGGUCGCUUAAGGACAUCCCCCUGCGGCACAUCUUCCUUGUGUCUCCCACGGUGGAUCCGAACACUCGUGCCGAUUCCCUGAGCGCUGCCUGUCGCGUCACCUUUGACCGGUCGGAGGCUGUCCUGCCGGCUGGGCAGUUUACCGCCCUUGUCGAGGGGGUGCCCGAUGCCCUGGCCAUGGCGGCCAAGGCGGCCGGGCUGGCUGCCAAGUCGCCCGCCAUCCCGCGUCUGACCCGUCUGUCGGUCACCCUGCCGACUGGGUCCAUGAAGGCUGCUGCUCGCACGGAGGACCUGGCCAACCAGGUGUUUGCCCAGCUGCAGACGCUGGAGUCGCAGCCGACCGUGUCGGUGGCGGACCUGCUGGCUUCGGAGCCCCUGACGGCUGCCGCAUUGGAUGUGCCGGCCUUCCACUCGGCCCUCGGCGAGGCGUUGAAGACCGCCCGCGAGGGGCGCCUGGCGCGUGGCCGGCGCCUGGUCCUGGUCAUGCAGGGUGUCCCGGGCAUCGGCAAGUCCACCAUCGGCGACUGGCUGGCCGAGACCCUGCCUCGGUUGUCUGGCGCGCCGAAGGUUGAGCGCAUCAGUCAGGACAUGUGCAAUGGAAAGCGCGAGCGCUUCUUCGCCCGGCUGACCGAGGCCCUCAGCCGUCCGGUGACCGCUCAGCCGCAGGUGCUGAUCAUCGAUCGGAACAACCACACCCUGGCUCACCGUGGGGCGGUUGUGCAGCUGGUCCGGCGCGUGGCCCCGGAUGCGCUGCUUGUUCUCCUGGCCCCCGGGCGUUUGCCGGAUGCCGGGGCCUUCGCCGAGGGGACCGACCUGCUGGAGCACUCUCUGAAGAACCUUGUGACGCGUCGCAACGAGGAGAAUGCCUCGCUCGAUGCCAUGCCCUUCGCCAAGCGCCGGGCCGUGGUGGCUCGCUUUGGCCAGGAGUAUGAGCGUCCGGAUCUUGGGCUUCUCGCCGCUGUGCAGGCCGCCACCGGGGUCGGGGGGCAUUCGGUCUUUGACCUUUCCCCGGAGAGCACUCCCCUGACGACUGGGCGCUUUGGGCAGGAUGGUCUCCUCUUUGACGAGUGCCUCCCGGUCCCGUAUGGGGCUCCGGUGGCCGAGGUCCUGGGGCACAUUUUGCGGACUCUCCAGCCGCUGGCGCACCGUCCCGGGGUCGACGCCUCUUCCAAGGACAUGGUCUUUGCCCCGCUGGCCGGGCUGACGGCGGCUUUCAUUGCGACGGCCACCCAGGCGGCUGCCGCCGCAUGCCCUCCCCAGGCCGAUGACGAGGCGCUUGGUCGUCUGGCCGAGCAGCUGGCCGAUGCCAAGAUCGCUGACUCUCUCCCGGAGGACCCGUUCAUGCAGUCCAUCGGCUGGCACAAGCCCGGGCAUCCGCUGUACUUGCAGAUUCUCCUGGACAAGGGGGUGUCGCGCUUCCUGCAUCAGCUGUAUUCCGACAUGACGCCGAAGGACCUUCUCUCCAGCCUGCCGCCGCGCGAUGUCUCUCUCUUCCAUGUGACGCUUGUCUUCCUGGGAAACAAGUACACCCCGCCGGCCAAGCCGACUGCCGAGAGUCGCAUGUUGCAGGCCAUCCGUGACUUCCAUGCGGCGGCUGGCGCCCCGACCACGCCCAUCAAGGUUGCGCUCACCGUGGACCUCCUGGCCCUGGAUCCCAAGCAGGCCGGGGCCUUCUGCGUGGCCCUGCCAGAUGCCCUGCAGGCUGGCUGGACCUUCAGCAACCGGGCGCCGCACAUCACCAUGGGCCUUGCCCCGAGCAAGGCGCCGGUGGUGGCGGGUGCCGUCGCGGUCGCCGCCCGUGCCGGUGCCUCCUCCACUACGCGACUCCCCAUUUCCCAGGCCAAUAUCCCGGUCUCCGUCGAGCAGGCCCCCGGGGUGAGCUUCACUGCCGACGGCCAGUUGGUCGUGACUGGCACGCUUUGCUUUGGCCCUCAGCCAUCCGAGAAGUGAGCCACCUGGAUUAUCCCUCCAGUGGUCUGUUCUCUCUCUCUCUCUCUCUCUC